AUGCUUGCCGAUGCUUUUCCUGAUUUGCCGUCGGCACGAAGUUUACAAUCGGAAUACGAGCGAUGGUGGGUUAAAUGGCAGGAGAAUAAAGAAAAAGGAAAAUCUAUUAGUAAUUUUGUAGAUUUUUUGAAUGAAGCUGAUGUCAUGUUAUAUCCUAACAUUAGAAUUAUUUUUUUAAUAUCAGCAGUCAGACCACCAUCAACUGCCGGAAAUGAAAGAAGUUUUUCCUCUUUGAAAAGGCUGAAAACUUAUUUGAGAUUCACAAUGGUCACUGACAGACUUAAUGGAUUAUCUUUCAUGAAUAUUCAUCAAGAUAUUGAUAUUCCAUCAGAUGUUAUAAUAGAUAAAUUUAGUAAAUUAGGACUGAAUCGUAUGGCUUUUUUGUAA